AUGGCAGAUGAAAAUACUCAGUUUUGUGGCAAUUGCAAACACGACAUUCCAGAAGCAAAUUUUACUACCCAUGAGAUCCACUGUCGGAGAAACAUUGCACUGUGUGAUGUGUGCCAGGAACCGGUUCCACGCUCCGAUUUGCAGGAGCACAAGCAACAGGAGCAUAGCCAGAUUACCUGCAAAUGUGGACUCAAGAUUAAUAAAAAUCAAAUUGAAGUUCACCAGAGCACUGACUGCUCCCAGAGACUGGUGGCGUGCCAGUAUUGUGAACUCGAGAUUUCCUUCAGUCAAUCCAGAGAACAUGAGGAUUACUGUGGCGCUCGAACCGAGCCUUGUCCACAGUGUAAGUGCAAUAUCAUGCUGAGGGAAAAAGCCCUUCAUCCAAUGUUAUGUGGCAGUCCCACGCUGCUCCAAGAGAGAAACAACAGCUACUCAAGUCGCAAUCCGCCAGAUCUUCAGUGUCCGGGGGCCUGGUUUGAAGGCCAAUCCAUCCGAAACCCCCUAAGAAACGAAGAGCGCAGCCCUAAGGAAAACAACCUGUGUGCUGCAAAACAUCAGCCCUUUCCCCGCACUUUUGAGUCCACAUUUUCUAACAUUUCAAGGGGACCACAAAGCAGCAGCGACUGGAAGAAUAUCGCUCCGAGGAAUAUGACAUCCAGCCGAUUAUCUGAACAGAACGACUUCCUCAGUCGCAACACUGCAUGGCCACUUCAAGAUGAAGAUUCAUCAGGCCUCGACUACAUGCUGGCCCUUAGCCUGCAGACAGACGGAGAGUCCAUGGCUGGUGGUGGGGAGGCUAAUCUGUGGAGUGACAUCUGGGACAACACAAAGACAUCCAACAGUUCAGUUGACUGUUCGCUUUCCACAUCCAAUAACAACUACCCAAACUUUCCUUCUCGCACAAGUACCCUUGUGGACCGUGAUCAGACAGACAUCAUGCUUCCAUGUGAGUUUUGUGAAGAGCUGUUUCCAGAGGAGGACCUCAUUUUGCAUCAGACCGGCUGCAGCCCCGCGUCCGCUUUUGCGUCCUUCAGCAAGCAACCUCCGUCCCCUCCUAAAGAGCCCAGGAAUGCUUCGGGAAUGAUGCGCAGCCUCCCAAACACACUAGCCUCCAACAUCCCCACCUUCCCGGGAUCUGUCUCGCCAGCUUCUUACAGUCCCCCAGCUAGCCCUCUAGAGGGCGAUGUGGUGAUUCCGUGUGAAUUCUGUGGCGUUGCGCUGGAGGAGGCUGUUGUCUUUCAUCAUCAGGACAAAUGUGACAUGCGGCCACAAUCCGCCUUUGCACUUAACAACAUAACAAAAGCAUCUGUGAAAAAAACAUCUGCCAAGGAUGCCUUUGGAAGGACAUCUCCAGAAUUUCACAGGAGAAUAAAGCACCAAGGUGCCUUCUUGGAUGAAGAUCUGGGAUUGAGCGGAGACCCCUCAGCAGGACACAGCCAAAGGGAAUGGCAGAGAGGCUACAUUGGGCGCCCGAGUCAGAGAAAACCGUCCAACUAUGAGGUUAAUGCACAGAAUUCAGCUCAACACAGCAGAGAAUCAGAAGGGGCACUGUCUUCUUUCUUGGACUCUGACAGACCAGGGUCUGAUUAUCUAAAGGGACUACAUUCAACAGAUAACAAAGAAGGGCGAGGAAACAGAAGGAAUGUGUUAACAAAGCUCCCUAAGAAGCAGAACGAAGACCAGCAGGAGGAGUGA